AUGCCUACACAGUACACACAGUGCGUUUCCAUUUUGUUCUUUCUUCCAACACUUUGGGAGAGAGCUAUACCACGUUGCUCUCUCUUGCUUUGCUUGAUUUGCGUAUCAUAAUCUUUUUAUAAUUCGUGCUGUUUAAAAUUUUAAUUAGGAGGUGAAUUAAAAGCCGUCCUCGUACGUACAUAAAUUAGCUGGCGAAUCUGGCCAGUCUUUAAUUCUGCCAUAUAUGUGCAUGUGUGUGUACAUGUAUGGAAGGAUAGUAUUCUCUCCUUAAUUUCUUGAAUUGCUAUCCGAUCCUGAGCAAUAUAUGUCCCUAGCUAGCUAGCUGGGCGUCCGCCAUAAUUUGCUGCCAAUAAUAAUUAGCCCCAUAUAUCCUUGUAGCUAGGUGAAUCAUCCCCUUGAUAUGCCUUGUUAAAUAUGUAGCUCCGAUUUAAGCUCUCUUGCCCAUUUUUUUUUCAGAGUUUAUAGUUUCAUUUUGAUUCUUCCGCUCUCUGCUAGCUUCCACACACCAAGUUCAUCAGCCAAUUUCUUCCUGACGAGAAGGCCGUGUAAGAAUUUUAGUGAAGUGAGUGUCUUUUUUGUUUUUCGAUUGGUCGAUCGAGUGCUGGUACAAGCUAGAGGAUGGCGAUGAUGGAGAGGAUUGGGGUCACCAAGCUUCAUCAUCAUCUUCUUCUUCUUGUUCUUCUUCUCGUCGUCGCCGCCGCCGGCGGCGGCAGCGUACAGGCGGCGGAGGAGGAUGAGAUGAGCGGCCGGAGGAGGAGAAGCAGGCGGCGGCGUGCGGCGGACGUGAUGGUGCCCAUCACCAUCCUCAACUCCGCCGUCGACAAGGGAGCCGUGUGCAUGGACGGGACGCCGCCGGCGUACCACCUGGACCCGGGCUCCGGCGGCGGCAACCGGAGCUGGGUGGUCAACCUGGAGGGCGGCGGGUGGUGCAACAACGCCCGCACGUGCCGCUUCCGCACCGCCAGCCGCCACGGCUCCUCCGACCACAUGGAGCGCCGCAUCGCCUUCACCGGCAUCAUGAGCUCCGCCGCCGCCGACAACCCCGAUUUCCACAGCUGGAACCGCGUCAAGAUCCGCUACUGCGACAGCGGGUCCUUCGCCGGCGACGCCUUCAACGAGGGAUUGAAGCUGCAAUUCCGGGGGCAGCGCAUCUGGGGGGCGGUGAUCCAGCACCUGCUCGACGUCGGCAUGGCCUCCGCCGAGCAUGUGCUGCUCACCGGCUGCUCCGCCGGCGGCCUCGCCGCGAUCCUCCACUGCGACCAGCUCCGCGCCCUCCUCCCCGCCGCCGCCACCGUCAAGUGCCUCUCCGACGGCGGCCUCUUCCUCGACGCCGUGGACGUCGCCGGCGGCAGGAGCCUGAGGUCAUACUACGGCGACGUCGUCGGCCUGCAGGCGGUGGCGCCCAACCUUCCCGAGACCUGCACCGACCAUCUCGACGCCACCUCGUGCUUCUUCCCUCAGAACAUAAUCGACGGCAUAAAGACACCCAUCUUCCUGCUGAAUGCGGCGUACGACGUCUGGCAGAUCGAGCAGAGCCUGGCCCCUAACGCAGCUGACACCAGCGGCACCUGGCGAGUCUGCAAGUUCAACCGCGCAGCCUGCAACGCGUCUCAGCUGCAGUUCCUGCAAGGUUUCAGAGAUCAGAUGGUGGCAGCGGUGAGAGUCUUCUCCGAGUCGAGGAGCAACGGGCUGUUCAUCAACUCGUGCUUCGCUCACUGCCAGUCCGAGCUGACGGCCACCUGGAAUGGUGGCUCUCCUGCUCUCCAGAACAAGGGAAUUGCAAAGUCUGUUGGUGACUGGUACUUUGGUCGAGCUGAGGUGAAGGCCAUCGAUUGCCCCUACCCCUGUGACAAAACAUGCCACAACAUCAUAUGACAUCAUGUACUGACGUUUACUCGUCUCGACCGAAUGGAGUGACACACAUUUUUGCCUCGAAGUCCUCUCAAGUUCUUCACUCUAGCUAGUAGCUAUAUACAUGUAGAACUAUCGAGUUCAGAGCCAAAACAUACAAAACAGAGAACCUCACACAAACAGAUACAAAGGAAGCAAAACAAAGUUAACAAAAGCAAAUAGGAAGGGGGAGAGGGGCAGGGCACAUUAAUAUCGGGAAGCAGUGUGGUGGAGUCAUGGGUGUAUAAUUUCACCUAUUAAGAAUAAAUUACAGUAUUCACAAACA